AUGUCUGAGAGAAUUCCAGCAACCCCAAAAAUUGGAAUCCUUAAAGGAUCAAAACGAGACGCUGGAUUCGAUGAUCAUGCGUUAUCAUCAAAAAUUCUUAUCGCAAACCAAUCGCAAUCGCUCGACCGCUCAUUUUCGUCGGUCGGAAUGCUCCUCGGACAGGGUGUGUUGUGGUGCCUUCUAGUCAUCGGCAUCGUCGUCGCCGAUCGCUGUUCCGAUUGUGUGGCGUCCGGCAAAACGUAUUGCGCCAACACUCAACAAUGCCUCGACGAUGUUGAAACGCGCUGCGACACGCGCAUCAAGUUGGCGCUGAAUUGCCCACGUUCGCCGAUGAUCGCCUACAGCGAUGAGUUGGCCAGGAAUCAGAUAAUGGUCAUCACCACCGCCGCGCAGAAUCCCAAUCCGCAAUUGUGUUUCGAUAAUCAACUACCCACAAUGAAGGUCUACAAGUAUCGUGAAGUUAAUUGCUCGAAAGUUUACGAUGACGUCACAUGCGCCGCAUUCACCGCCUACGACGUCACCAAGAAGGCGAUCGUCGUGUCGUUUAAAGGCGCACACGGCGAACAUCAAAUUCGUGAGCUCAUGGAGAGCUUCAUGAUACACGGCACAAUGAAAUUCUUCGAUUACGGUCGCGUCGCAAAAAUGGGAUACGACAGUUUCAUGUACCUAUGGAAUGGCGGCAUUCAAGAGGACUUGAGAUAUUUGAAGUACACUUACCCUACGUUCGAACUCUGGGUGAACGGCCACUCAUUGGGCGCAACACUCGGCAUCAUCGCCUCGAGCUUCAUCGCCCACAUUCAUCUAUUCGAGCCCGACCAGAUGAAGGUGAUGGUGAUGGGCGCCGGACGAGUCGGCGACUACGCGUUCGCCGAUUGGUACUCGAACACGUUCCCCUACUCGUUUCGGAUUGUCCAUCGCGACGAUCCGGCGACGCGAUCGCCAACCGUCGACGACGUGCACAACGUGACGAUGUACCACGCGCGCUUCGAAGUCUGGUACGACAACUACAUGAAGCCUGGCGACGCGUAUGAAGUGUGCCAGGAGGCCGAUGGUCCCUAUUGCAGCAAUUUGUCGACCGACAAGCCAAUCGCCGACGAUCAUUUGUACUAUUUCAAUAUUCAGCUGCCGUUGUGGGGACACGCCGGCUGUCCGAAGAAUAUCAGCGCCUACGCGCAACCCGAGAAUUGA